GGCACCGGAAGUGCGUGGCCGCCGGGGCCAUGGCGGCGCUCGGCGUCGUCUUACUGCUGCUGGGGGCCGCGUCCUGGUCUCCGGCCUGGGCCUCGGCCUCGGGCAGGGAGUUCUGGCCCGGCCAGUCGGCGGCCGACAUCCUGUCGGGGGUGGCGUCCCGCAGAAGGUACCUUCUCUACGACGUGAACCCCCCUGAAGGCUUCAACCUCCGGCGGGACGUCUAUAUCCGCGUCGCCUCCCUGCUGAAGACCUUGCUGAAGACAGAGGAGUGGGUGCUGGUGCUGCCCCCCUGGGGCCGCCUCUACCACUGGCAGAGCCCUGACAUCCAUCAGGUCCGAAUCCCGUGGUCGGAGUUCUUCGAUCUCCCGAGUCUCAAUAAGAACAUUCCCAUCAUGGAGUAUGAGGAGUUCAUCGCAGAGUCUGGUGGCCCCUUUAUCGACCAGGUGUAUGUCCUACAGAGUUAUGCAGAAGGCUGGAAGGAGGGGGCCUGGGAGGAGAAGGUCGAUGACAGGCCGUGCAUCGAUCAGCUCCUGUACUCCCAGGACAAGCACGAGUACUACAGAGGAUGGUUUUGGGGUUAUGAAGAAACGAGGGGUUUGAACGUCUCCUGUCUGUCUGUCCAAGGAUCAGCUUCUAUCAUCGCUCCCAUCCUUCUGAAAAACACGUCGGCACGGUCCGUGAUGUUGGACAGAGCUGAGAACCUGCUCCAUGACCACUACGGGGGAAAGGAGUACUGGGACACGCGGCGGAGCAUGGUGUUCGCCCGGCACCUGCGGUUGGUGGGAGACGCCUUCAGGAGCCGGCACCUCAACUCCACCGACGCGGCUGACCGGAUCCCCUUCGAGGAGGACUGGACCAAGAUGAAGGUCGAGCUGGGCUCUUCGCUGGGAGGCCCGUACCUUGCCGUUCACCUGAGAAGGAAAGACUUCAUCUGGGGCCACCGCGAGGACGUGCCCAGCCUGGAGGGGGCCGCGAGCAAGAUCCGCAGCCUGCUGGAGGCCCACCGGCUCACAAAGGUCUUCGUGGCGACCGACGCGAUUCGCAAGGAAUAUGAGGAACUAAAAAAACUGCUGCCCGAGAUGGUGAGAUUCGAGCCGACCUGGGAGGAGCUGGAGCUCUACAAGGACGGCGGCGUCGCCAUCAUUGACCAGUGGAUCUGCGCGCAUGCCAGGUUUUUUAUCGGCACCUCAGUCUCCACGUUUUCCUUCCGGAUUCAUGAAGAGAGAGAGAUCCUGGGCUUGGAGCCCAGGACGACGUACAACAGGUUUUGUGGCGACCAGGAGAAGGCCUGCGAGCAGCCCACGCACUGGAGGAUCGCGUACUGAGGGGAUCCCCCUUGCCACGGGGUGGACCCACACACACCCCCUGACGUCACCGUCCCCCAUUGCGCGGUUGUCUCCGCCAGGCAGCUGCAGACGGUGCAGUUACCUCCCCAGGUUGCAGCUCCGAGGGGUCCCUGCAGAGCGUGGCAUCGGCACCUCCACACCCCCGCUGCACCCCGUCCCCGGGCGACCCCCGUUUAUUGCAUUCCGCCCUCGUGUGCCCCCUCCGGGGCUUCACUUGUGCUUUUGGUUACGAUCUGCGAGGCUGCACUCCAGUUGCAGAAAAGACCUGAGUGAUGGCAGGAACGGCGUUUUCUUCCUGGUCCCGCCUGGGAGGGCUUUUUACCUGCCUCCUGUCCACUGCCCGUUACCUGAGCCGAGGAGGGAACCUGAAGGCCCCUUGGGGUGUGGACAGAGGGGCCGACACGGCGCGAGGUCUCUGGAUUGGGUGUGAUUCUCGGUCCGGACCAGUCACCUGGAGCCCCCACCUCCGCCCGCCCCCCCACCCGGCAUGGCCACGUCUUCACCUUUGGGGCUGAGCCGGCGUGGCCGCGGCCUCCCCCUCCCCGGAUGUCAGGAGGGCCAGGAACCUCCGUGGCAGGGUCAGGGGAGUGUCGAUCGAUCUGUGAAGGGAGGACAGGCCUCAGUGGUUGUCUGCAGAAGGCCCCCACCCAGUUCUCUCCGCCCAGCACCCUGCCUGGCGGCUUCCCUGGCUCCCGCUGCCACCGUCAGUCCCCCUGAGACUGUCCCCGUGGCCACGCAGCAGCCGUAAAGCUGGGGGUGGCCUAACAUUUGUCCACCCACCGUAGGGCCCGGCUGUCCCUCCGCUGCCACCAGCACAUGGGUGGGGCCUCUCUUGCCAGCCAUGUCGCCUGUCGGCACGGGAACCGCCAGCUCCGGAGGCCACCUUCACGGUGGACUGCUGUAUUCAGUGUUCCAUGCUGUUUUAAAGGUGUUUCUAGUGCUUGGCGGUGCCUCUGCAGGAGCUUUCCUCCAAAGAAGGGGUCAUGUGGGCUCCGCCAGGUGGUGUGGGGUGCAGCUCACUGGGCCUCGGGGUCAGGGCCUGGGAACACUGACAGCACCCCGACCUCCAGAGCCGCGGCCGAGCCCCCUUGACCCAUGAACCCCCCACCCUUCCCCGUGGCCGCAGGUGCUCGCUCGGGGGCCUGAGGGCCCCUCCCACCCUCUGCCCGGCAGCCUCAGCCCCUGAAAGGUGAGGAGCAGGGGCGCUGCUUGGGGGAGCCAGAAGCAGGAGGCUGCAGGGGGACACCAGUGCAGCGCCUUUGCCGUGUCCUCCCAGAGCUUUUUAAAAAUGACGUCACGUUCACCCUGACAUUGAACACGAGACGGGGUUAUGGAGUGUCACUCAGAGCUGUGCAGGGUAAAAUGGUGAAAGUAUUUAUUCUUUUUCCAUUUGUACAUUCAUACAUUAGUAAAAUAAAUUUUCUAGAAAGCUGGA